AUGGCUUUCUGGAAGAAGAAGAAUGAAUCUGUUAUUCCACCUGUGGCACCCCCGGCGUCCUUAGCAUCCUCUACGUAUAACCCUUCCACUCGGUCUAGUUCUGCCACCUACGUUGCCAGCAGAGACGGUGACCCUUACAACGCCACGAACGGCAGUGCAUCGCUUGUCAACAAGUACAGCAGAGGACGUGGUGUCGGCGAUGUCUACUCUCGCGGAGAGGGUAAUGCAGACCAAGAUCGAAAUGAACUCUUCUCGGGCUACAACCCCGCCAAGUCAGGUUCUGGUCGUUUCUUCGAUGGGCCGAACUUGGGAAGGGAGCCUGCCCCUGGCGAGGAGAAUGAAGAAGACGUAGAAGGGAUCAAGCAACAGACUCGCUUUGUGAAACAGGAGAGUGUGAACUCUACCCGUAAUGCCCUUAGGUUGGCUCGUGAAGCUGAAGAGACAGCUCGAAACACAUUGACCCGAUUGGGCGAUCAGUCAGAGAAAUUGGCGAACACCGAACGCCAUCUCGAUGUCGCGAAAGGCCACUCUCAGCGUGCUGAUGAUAGAACUGAUGAACUUAAGCAAUUGAACCGGUCGAUCUUCCGGCCCGUCAUCACGUUUAACAAGGAUGCCAAGCGUGCCGCCCACGAUGCAAAAAUACAAUCCCGUUACGAUGAAGAACGAGACGAAAGGGAAAAGGCGAUGCUGGAUAUACGCGAGACCCAGAGCCGCCUCGGACGGGCUGCGACAUAUGGCCGCGGGGGCGACGAUGAGGAACUCAUUGGUAGUGGAGGUUCUUCCCGUAUGCGAACUGCCGAUCAGCUCGCCAUGCGGAAAGAACAACGCAAACGCUAUCAGUUCGAGAGCACUGCUUCUGAUGACGAACUGGAAGACGAAGUGGACGACAAUCUCGAGGAAAUUGACGCUAUGACAAAGCGUCUUAAGGCACUCGGCACGGCUAUGGGACAAGAGCUCGACAACCAGAAUUCCCGCAUUGAACGUAUUGAAGGGAAAACGGUCGGCCUUGAUAAUAGGAUCUUCAGGAACACUGAACGUCUCAAGAAGAUCAAGUAG